CGCACUAUCCAAAUUUCUCUUUUGGAACGUUAGUUAAGCAUCAUGACUCAAAAGAGGAGGAACAAUGGACGCAACAAGAAGGGACGCGGACACGUCAGAUUUGUCCGCUGCUCCAACUGCUCUCGCUGCGUCCCCAAGGACAAGGCCAUCAAGCGCUACCUCGUCCGCAACAUGGUAGAGCAGGCUGCCAUUGGUGAUCUCCGUGUCGCCUCUGUCUACGAAGAGUACGUUCUCCCCAAGCUCUACCUUCAGACUCUCUACUGCAUUUCUUGCGCCAUCCACUCUCACGUCGUCCGUGUUCGUUCCCGUGAGGGCCGCAAGGAUCGCACUCCUCCCCAGCGCUUCCGUGCUGGCUUCAACAAGGACCAAAAGAAGGAGGCCGUCAAGAAGGCUUAAGUUCUGUUGACUCUUUUGUGCUCGUCCUUCAAAUAAAAGAUUGUUUAUUUGAGACGCA